CCAACGAAAGCUCCAUCGAAAGCACAUGUCUCGGAGCUUUCUUUCCUCUAAAUAAUAUCCUCGAUUUAUUAUAAUCUAUCCCGCCCCGAUGUCUCUGGCGCCACGAACCCUCUGGAAACAUCUUUCCAGUUCCAGCCAGUCAAUAGACAGAGCCAGAAAUUGGUUAUUACAUCGUACCGGUGGAUGAUAUUUCUAAUCAUGAUAUAAUUCAGCUAUUCAAUCAAUCAAAUAGAUUUUUUUUUCUCCCUUCGCUCGUCGCACACCGACGAUCAUGGAUGCGUCCACCGUCACCAGUGUCGAGAUGGCUAUCUCGCAGGCCGUAUCGACUAUUGCGAAUACUUCUUCAGCUGCUGUAGCUUCCGCUGUUACACAAGUAGAUGAUGUCGCACGAGCUCAAGGUUCCUCUUCGUGGCUUGGCCUGAUGGCUCGAUUUGUUCUCUUCAUACUCCACAUCCUCUCGACAAUCUUAUACUGGAGUUUGAAGCUCACAACAAUAUCGGUGCCCACGUUACUAUUCACGCUCUUUUCUACGAGCUUGACAGUAACAAUGAAUGCCACGACAUUGGCGCUGAUUUUGUUCCUCAUGUUCUCGGCAGUCACAUGGUUUGUGAGAUAUCGCUACCUGAACAUGUACUCUCGCCUUCCCCCGGAACCACAACGCAAGGAGCCCGAGUUAGAUCUUUUUCCAGAAAGCCACGAGGAAGGUGCCAAGCCUGGCCUGACUAAUUAUCUAGAUGAAUUCCUCAGCGCCAUUAAGAUCUUUGGAUAUCUUGAGCGACCCGUGUUUCAUGAACUGACCAGGAGUAUGCAGACCCGGAAAUUAAUCGCCGGCGAGACACUAAACCUAGAGGAGGAGAAGGGAUUCUGUCUUGUCGUAGAUGGACUCGUUGAAAUUUUUGUCAAGUCUUCUAACUCGGACACAUCUUCUCGGUCCACCACCUUUGCUCACGAGGGAUUGAUGCAGUCUUCUGAAGAUGAGCAGUCUAUCCCUGGCCAGCAACGCUAUCAGCUUUUGACCGAAGUCCGAAAUGGCAACCCAAUGUCGUCGCUCUUCUCUAUCAUGUCGUUGUUCACAGAAGAUGUGAAGCUGAAGCUACCAUCCGAAGAUGGACUAGAGCCUGGCGGAACUGGUGGGCCUUCUGUCCAUCAACGUCAGUCUAGUGCAGGUUUUCAGCAUCCGCACGAUAUGUCAAUUUUCUUGACGGAAGCCACCGAUUCUGAUCAUGUAAGGUUGGCAGGAGAAUCGGAGGUUACAACGCCCUCUUCUCCAAAUCAAACCACAUUACCAAAGAUCCCUCCCAUAUCUUUGGAUGACUCGCCAUUGCCUCGAAAUAUGCACCGUCCUGCUCUGAAGAGAACGGCUGUGUCUGUUCAUCCCGAUAUCAUCGGUAGAGCAACGGUUGACACAACUAUUGCAAUUAUACCCGCGAGUGCUUUCCGUCGUUUAAUUCGAGUGUAUCCUAAAGCGACUGCUCAUAUUGUUCACGUCAUUUUGUCAAGGUUUCAGCGCGUUACUCUUGCUACAGCUUAUAAUUAUCUUGGUUUAACAAAUGAAGUCCUCCACACGGAGAAGAAUAUGAUUCAUUACACGACUUGCCAGUUACCCAAUCUCCUCCGGGGUGAUGCUUUGGAACGUUUAAAGGAGAAGUUCAAACAAGAACGGGAGAGAGCUGGCGAGGAGGAAACUGGUAAAGGAAUUGCUUUACAUAAUGCAUCAGCAACAGCUCGUCGUCGUAGGUCCUCGACGACUCUGCGCAAAGAAGCAGCACUUCAAGCAAUGAGUCGUGCUCGGCCCCAGUCCGUCGUGGCAUCUACAAUAGUACCUCCGCAGGAACGCCUCUCCAUCCAUACUCCUAGCCCUGGCGAUCUGUUAGCCAACGUCCAGAUAGCCCGUGGUGGAGGAGCAAGAUCGCCAGGAACACUCGAAAUCCCAAUAACGCAGUCAUUCCACCCAGCGGAUCUGCUCCGGGGAGAGGAAUCUAGUCCUUUGGCUCAACGCGCAUUUAAUCCUUUCGCGACCCAGAAACGGGCUCGUCUAUCGAUUGACCCUCGCGAAUCUGUGGACGAAGACAACUUGUUUCGAGUGUCUGUUUUAGAAUGUGUCUUCAAAGCCCUGGGUAUGAGCACUAGCGGAUCAUCAUCCAGAGGUCCUGGAUCCACAGAAGGGUCACCAAGGCUCGUUUCAUACGAUCAGAGAAGACAGAAAGCAGUGUUCAGUAACAAUGCAUUCGGAUUUAUGGAUCCCUUCGACGGUGCGACGGACUGGGAUGCUGAAUCGAUGACUUCCGGAGGCAUUUCAAUGUCAGGUACGCCGAAUGUCCAGUAUCUCGCUUCAGAAAUGAAACAUGAUGUGGAAAUCGUCUUUUUCCGUCAAGGUUCUGUUUUAGUUGAGCAGGGUGAACGAAGUCCGGGUCUUUACUACGUCAUUGAUGGGUUCCUCGACAUCUGUGUCCCUUCAGAAGAUUCGGGAAGUAAUAUCCUUAGCUCCUCAAGCAGGACGUCCGUAACUGCGAUGCAUAGAGCAGAAUCCCAAGGACCUGCCGGUCGAUCAUCUUCCUUCGGUCCAGCUAAAGAUUCCGAGCGCAAUAGAAGCACGCCUGAUGCGAGGAGGAAUACUAGGUCAGAACGCCGCCGUGUCGGACUCGUGAAGCCAGGUGGUCUCGCCGGUUACAUUGGCACGGUUGCCUCGUACAGGUCCUUCAUCGAUGUUAUCGCAAAGACAGACGUAUAUGUUGGUUUCAUACCAAGGGCGACCCUAGAGAAGAUUGUAGAAAGAUACCCAAUUGUGCUUCUAACAAUGGCAAAGAGGUUAACAAGUCUACUUCCGAGGCUCAUCCUACACAUUGACUUCGCUCUUGAAUGGGUCCAAGUCAAUGCUGGACAGGUAUUAUUCCAUAAGGAUGAAGAAAGCGAGGCUAUUUACCUUGUGCUCAACGGAAGAUUGCGAUUAGUAGAGGAUCGGAAAGACGGUGGGAUGAAUGUUCGCGCGGAAUUCGGCCAAGGGGAUAGUGUUGGCGAGCUCGAGGUCAUGACCGAGUCGACACGUUCGGGAACCCUUCAUGCUAUCCGCGCCACAGAGCUGGUCAAGUUUCCUCGCACCUUAUUCAACAGCUUGGCCCAGGAGCAUCCAAAUAUCACUAUCAAGAUCUCGAAGAUUAUUGCAGCCCGAAUGCGAUUAUUGGUCGAUGAUCCAUCGAAUCUAAACGGAAAAGAGGCUACUUCUGGCACAUCGAUCAACAGGGUUUCAUCAACGCUCAACAUAAGGACUGUUGCUAUACUUCCAGUCAGGUCCGGCAUUCCGAUCGUCGAAUUCGCAAAUCGAUUAAUGAAUGCCCUAGCGCAAGUCGGUACUCCAAAUGGUGCCACAUCUCUCAACCAAGCCGCAAUUCUCAGUCAUCUCGGUAAGCACGCAUUUAACAAGAUGGGGAAAUUAAAACUAUCCCAUUACCUUGCCGACCUUGAAGAGAAGUACGGAUUGGUUGUUUAUGUUGCCGACACGACUGUGACCUCACCUUGGACCCAAACAUGUAUCACACAGGCAGAUUGUAUCCUUCUCGUUGGCCUGGCUGAAGGUUCCCCCGAAAUAGGCGAAUACGAGCGUUUCAUGCUCGGUAUGAAAUCAACCGCCCGCAAAACGCUGGUCCUCCUGCAUGCCGACCGAUACUCACCCCCCGGCCUUGCAAGAACGUGGCUUAGAAACCGCGUUUGGAUCAAUGGUGGCCACUAUCAUUUGCAAAUGGCUUUCGAACCAAACAUUGUUGGGCAUCCGCCUCCAAGGAAGGGCGGCCCGACCCUAAAGGAGCGUGUGCAAAUUCUCCAAGCCGAGAUACAAAAGUAUACAGUUCAAAAGAUCCGCCAGAGGCCCUAUUACUCGCCAGACGCUCCUUACAAAGGAGACUUUCAGAGACUUGCAAGAAGAUUAUGCGGCAAAUCGAUCGGUCUUGUACUCGGUGGGGGUGGGGCCCGAGGUAUCGCACACAUCGGUAUUAUUAAGGCUAUGGAAGAGGCCGGCAUCCCUAUCGAUAUCGUUGGUGGUACCUCAAUUGGCUCAUUCAUCGGAGCUCUUUACGCCCGUCAUGCCGAUAUAGUACCAAUGUUUGGUCUCGCUAAGAAAUUUGCUGGAAGAAUGGCAAGCAUGUGGCGUUUCGCCCUAGACCUAACAUAUCCAUCUGCAUCUUACACAACCGGCCACGAGUUCAAUCGCGGAAUCUUCAAGACCUUUGGCAAGCAUCAAAUUGAAGACUUUUGGUUGGAGUAUUACUGCAACACGACAAAUAUCAGCAAAAGCAGAGCCGAGAUCCAUACCAGUGGGUACGCUUGGAGAUAUGUCCGAGCUUCCAUGUCAUUGGCUGGUUUGCUUCCGCCAUUGUGCGACGAAGGCAGCAUGCUUUUGGACGGUGGAUAUAUCGACAAUUUGACCGUGUCUCAUAUGAAAUCUCUUGGCGCUUCAGUCAUUUUCGCUAUUGAUGUGGGAGCUGUAGACGACGAUACGCCGCAAAGUUAUGGAGAUUCGCUGUCAGGAUUCUGGGCAUUCUUCAACCGGUGGAAUCCUUUCUCAAGCACUCCAAAUCCCCCAACCCUGGCAGAAAUCCAGGCUCGACUAGCCUACGUGUCGAGUGUAGAUGCUUUGGAACGAGCCAAAAACAUGCCGGGAUGCAUUUACAUGCGACCGCCGAUUGAUGAGUAUGGAACCCUCGAUUUUGGGAAAUUUGACGAAAUCUACGGGUUAGGAUAUAAGUUUGGAAAGGAUUUCCUUGAUCAUCUAAAGGAAGAUGGCGUGCUUCCAUUAGUUGAGGAAACUGAGGCGAAGAAGGCAUUGCGCAGGACAAUGGCGCCUCGACGUGCAAGCAUAUAAGCGCAGUCAAUACAAGCAAUCCACAAUCGCAUCACCUUAUUAAUAACCAAAUAUUCACAGUACAUAUCAUACCAAAAAAUAUAUAGCACAGAUUAAUGGAUACACCCAGACCUCUACAAUUUGAUAAAUAUCCGGUUCAUAACAGUGACCCCCGAGCAUAGUCGCAAAGUGGAACCAUGGACACGAUAUAGAAGAAAACUCCAGUGUGUAGCAGAACCAUGCCACAACAGCUUCCGGUGGCCAUAUUCUCUUUCAGGCUAUAUGAAGACUUCAUCGAAAUAACCCUUGAAUACCUUCAAUGAAUGCCU